AUGAAAGUUCCACCCAUCGAGGACGCGGACGAUGACCAGGUUCACGAGGGAAGAAACACCCUGAUUAGUGACCUUGAAGAAGACAUUGAGAUCAUUGAGGACCGAGGCGAGAGCCUAAGAGCGAUCCAGCUACAGUGGGAGAGCCAUGCACCGGAAUUCAAACACAGCGAGCAUGAAGAGUUGAGGGCGGCGCUCCUGAGUGCUCGUGUAAAGUCAUAUGAGGGGCAGAACUUUAUACCGACGCCAACCGUAGAAUGGCUACUGACUGCAGAAAGUGUGAGGCGGGAACUAGGUACAGAUGGCGAAUCUCACCGGUCGGGUUUCCUCCGAGUGUUUGCUACACUGGUCCUGAUGAACCGUCCCGCCGACAUUCGAAGAUUUAUGCAAUCCGGUAUCUCAGACGACGACGUUCCUCUUUCCGAGAGCCAGCUUCGGCCGAACAUCGUGUCCAAGGUUCACUUUUACCGGCUCGACAAGAAUGACAUUCUUCCCUUUACUACCGAAGAAUUGGGCGGUUCUGCACAAGAAACAGUGGGGGGAUACGGCGUGGUGCACAAAGCGCCAGAUAGGAGCUUUGCGGUGAAGAAGAUCCGAAAUAGCGACGAACGUUACUUCGCCGAAGAGUUGAAAGCCCUUCUGAGGUGCUCGAACGGGAGUCGUGGUCAUCUCGUUACUCCCCUGGCCGCUUUUCAGCGGGGCGAGACCUACAAUAUCGUCUUCAAAUGGGCAGAUGGAGGAGACCUACGGCAAUAUUGGAGAGCGAACCAAUCUCCUCGCCAGCUCACCCCAGAAUUCGCCCAUUGGGUAGCACAGCAAUGCCUAGGCAUAGCCACAGCGUUGGGCAAGAUUCACACCAAUACUCUUGCGAAGUCCGGCACACGGAAGUCGUCGAGAUCAAAGAUUGAGUACGGACGACAUGGAGAUAUCAAGCCCGAAAACUUGCUCUGGUUCCAUGAGCCCGGCAGUUGCGGAACCCUAUCAAUAGCCGAUUUUGGUCUGACCACGUUCCGUCGAUCUGCAGGGGCCCAGCAUAGAGAUAAGAGACAUACACCAACGUACCGGGCCCCGGAGUGUGAUCUUAACAGAGGUGUCACCACUCAAGCAUAUGACAUAUGGUCUCUGGGGUGCGUGUUUCUCGAAUUUACAACAUGGAUCCUGACCGGGUCCAACGGCGAUGCCACGUUCAGCAGAGCCCGAACCACAAAAGGUAUCGGGGACCUCCUUGAUGAUAGCUACUUUGUUAUCAAGAGAGACGAGGCAGCUGGCAGUUUAAGGGCUGAAAUCAAGCCUUCCGUUUCACAAGUCAGUGGCUCGCCCCCCCCCCCCCCCCCCCCCCCUACCAUGCACCCCAUGCUAACAGCCAUUGAAACCAUAAUGUUGCUGGUAGAUGUUGGACAACGCAUCGAAGCUUUAGACUGUGCUUCUGCUCUUGCUGAAGCAGCAUUGCUUAUAGAACCCGACAGCCCGAAUCAACUCGAAAGUUGGGUCUCCGGCAGUGUAGCAAGAGAGUCACCUUAUGAGAUACAGUAUGAGGGUACAGGAGUUGAGCAUCAGUUAGCGACUCCACUUCCUCGGGAGAGUGGCAUCCGAAAUCUGAGGUUGGAGCUUCUCGAUUCGACAUCUCACAGGAUAUCAACCUUUGAUGGAUUGAGGUGGUGGGUCGAACGCCAAUUUGGCCACAAGUUCGACUGGUUCUCACUGCCCUUGUUGGACCGCCGUCCAGCUUCGGCCGAGGCACGUCUCGUCUGGAACUAUGGCGGCCAUGACGUGUCGAUAUUUCUCAAUGGCCAUCAACUCCAGCGUUACAGAAGCCGUAUUCGAACUUGUGACCCGGGGAUUCUGCCAACAACGAACGCUCUCCAAACUUCAUCUUCUACAGCAUCGAUGAACUCGACGAGUUUGAAGUCCCACUGGGACUCCGUCGGCAGAAGUCUUUCGAAGACACUACAGUACUGGCAGAAAAACAACGCGGCCAAGUGUCACACUGCCGCGACACAUGCUCCGUCCAGUUUGACGGCCGGGAGUCGAAAGGAAUCGUAUUUCUGCAUCGAUAAGCACUGGACAAGCAUCAGACAGACCAGCAUGUAUACCGUGCCAUCCAUUGAUUCAUUGGAAGACGACUAUCAGCUUUUUCUCGCACUCCGAGAAAGUCUCACGGCUGCUCGAGGAUCUUGGCUCCACCGCCUGAGCUCUUGGAGAACUUGCACAGGGGUUCGGCUCUCCAAGUUCACCUUUCUCUUUGAUAACUGCGACUUGGUCAAGGCAUUCGAACAGGAAUUCAACGGGAACUAUCGAGAAAUAUGCAAAGGAUACGAUUACUGCUGCUUGCCAGAUUUGGACCCCCAAGAACACAUGGAACUUAUGGCUGAGACCAUACUGCAAGGGCUCCAGGAGCCCGAGCGCGGCAGAUUCGGUCGCGCCGUUCUUGACGGCAUUCCAAAACUGCAGUCCCCCCCCCGGAAUUCACAAGGGACAGUACAACUCCGGAUGGGGCUUCCACACAACCCAGGGGUAUUGCCUGAUGAAGAUCUUAUUGUGGGUAGGCGUGACCCUGUCUCCUGGGGUCGUCUUCGCUUUGGCCUGGCUUUCGUCGGUGAAUGCCUUGGACCUGCAGAAUGCCUUUGUGCCUAUAUCUUUACUGGCGGGUCUGUUUACUAUCAUGCUAGCAGCUGUCUUGAUGUGUACAACCUGAAGGGCCUAUGGAAGAUAAUUCUCUUUGGUAAAAAGGGUACUGCUUGA